UGUUUCUGUUCGCAGAAAAUGAAACUAACACAGUCACUGACUGAGAAGAGAAAUGGAGCAGCAGGCAGUUCAGCUGGACAGAGAAAUUUUCUCCUGUUCCAUCUGUCUGGAUCUACUGAAGGAUCCGGUGACUAUUCCCUGUGGACACAGCUACUGUAUGGACUGUAUUAHAAACUUCUGGGAUGAAGGUGAUGAGAAGAAAAGCUACCACUGUCCUCAGUGCAGACAGACCUUCACACAGAGGCCUGUCCUGCAGAAGAACACCAUGCUAGCAGCUUUAGCAGAGCAGCUGAAGAAGACUGGACUCCAAGCUGCUCCUGCUGACCACCGCUAUGCUGAACCUGAAGAUGUGGCCUGUGAUGUCUGCACUGGAAGAAAACUGAAAGCCAUCAAGUCCUGUUUAGCCUGCCCAGCCUCUUACUGUGAGAAACACCUUCAGCCUCAUUAUGAUGUGGCUCCUUUAAAGAAACACAAGCUGGUGGAGCCGUCCAAGAACCUCCAGGAGAACAUCUGCUCUAAGCAUGAUGAGGUGAUGAAGAUGUUCUGUCGAACGGAUCGGAAUUGUAUCUGUUAUCUCUGCCCAGUGGAUGAUCAUAAAGGCCACAACACAGUAUCAGCUGCAGCAGAAAGGACUGAGAGGCAGAAAGAGCUGCAGGGGAGACGAAGUGUCAUCCAGCAGAUGAUCCAAGGCAAGGAUAAAGAUGUAAAACUGCUUCAACAGGAGAUGAAGGCCAUCAAUCACUCUGCUACUAAAACAGUGGGGGUCUGUGAGAAGAUCUUCACUGAGCUGAUCAGUCUCCUCCAGAAAAGAAGCUCUCAGGUGAAGCAGCAGAUCAGAUCCCAGCAGGAAACUGAAGUGAGCCGAGUCAAAGAUCUUCAGGAGAAGCUGGAGCAGGAAAUCAGUGAGCUGAAGAGGAAAGACGCUGAGCUGGAGAAGCUCUCACACACAGAGGAUCACACCCAGCUUCUCCUCCACUACCCCUCACUGUCAGCACUCAGUGAGACUAGUCAUAUAUCUGUCAUCAAAGUCCGUCCUCUGAGACACUUUGAGGACGUGACAGCAGCUGUGACAAAGCUUGGAGACAAACUACAGGACGUCCUGAAAGACUCAUGGACAAACAUCUCAUUGAUGGUAACUAAUGUAAAUGUUUUACUGUCAGAACCAGAACUAGAACCAAAGAGCAGAGCUGAAUUCUUAAAAUUUUCACGUCAAAUCAUUAUGGAUCCAAAUACAGAAAACGAUAACCUGUUGUUGUCAGAGGAACUUGUUGUUGUAAAAAGAAAGUAACAGCAAUUGAUCCUCAUCAGGAUCAAUUGACUAGAGAUCAUUGUCUCAUUAU